ACCGUGAUGAUGAGUUGUUUAAUGUUCCAUGAAGUACUCCGUCGUUGAGUAUACUAAGUUACCAAACGACAAGUAGUUUCCAACUGGUUACUCUACAUGUCGUUCAAUUUACAAUUUUAGACCUAACGCCACCGUAAACCACCGUAACGCCGACCUUCUCCCGUCGCUGGAGACUUCCUAUCUGCCAUCCUUCGUACUCAGCUGCAAGAUUAAACAUCCCGAAGAUAGAGGAUGUUGUUUCAGGUAGGAGGGCAGGGCACAAGGCCAACAUUCUUUGAGAUGGCGGCUGCUCAGCAGCUUCCUUCAAGUCUUCGUGCUGCUCUUACUUACUCCCUUGGUGUAAUGGCUUUAAGAAGGCCAAUCAUACAUAAAGUGUUGGAUUAUGAGGAUGAAUUUUUUGCCUUCUUAAUGUUAGUUUUGGAGACUCAUAGCAUGAGAACUACAGAUGCUUCUUUUUCAGAAUCUCUAUAUGGCUUGCGAAGGAGAACAGCAAAAAUUAAAGUGAAAAAAGAUUCUGUUCAUUCUGACCACACGGAUGAAAUUCAGUACUCUGGGAUAGAAAAGCAUCAAAAAGUUCUCUCCAUUGUCUUUUUGGUUGUGUUACCAUAUUUUAAGUCAAAAUUACAUUCAAUAUAUAGCAGAGAGAGGGAAGCGGCUGUUCGAGCAAGCUUAUGGGGAACAGAUGAUGAAAGAUUGGAGGAUGCCGACUUAGUAGAUGUAGCAGAGAGUGCACUUGAUCAAACACGAGCUUCAGAUAAUGAGCUUUCGUCAAGAGCGCGCAUCUUGCGGGCAGCUAAAAAAUUUAUAGCUGCUUGUUACCCUUGGAUACACGCUGGGCAUGAAGGAUUAGCGUUUGCUUAUCAAACAUUGUAUCUGUUGGAUGCCACUGGGUUUUAUUCACUUGGAUUGCAGGCCUUAGGGAUCCAUGUCUGCCGAGCUACUGGACAGGAACUGAUGGAUGCUUCAUCGAGAAUAUUAAGGAUGAGGAGUCGCGAGCGUGAGAGGCUUCGUGGUCCUCCUUGGUUAAAAAAAGUGCAAGGACUCUUACUCAGCUGUAUGUACAAAGUGCUUGAUUAUUCACAGACAGGUUUAAUUGCAGCAGUAUUUAUAUUUAAGAUGAUGGAAUGGUGGUACCAGUCGGCAGAGGAGAGAAUGUCAGCACCAACUAUUUAUCCCCCACCACCACCGCCUCCAGCUCCAAAAGUGGCUAAGGAGGGUAUUCAACUGCCAUCAGACAAAGCACUUUGCCCUUUAUGUUCGGAGAAACGUGCCAAUCCUUCAGUUGUUACAGUAUCAGGAUUCAUUUUCUGCUAUGGUUGCAUAUUCAAAUAUGUUUCUCAGUAUAAGCGGUGCCCAGUCACACUCAUCUCUGCAGAAGUUGAGGACAUUAGACGGCUCUUCCACGACAUGUAAAAUAUAUGAAAACCUGGUAUCCACUGUGCUUUUCUUCUCUUUCGUUUUUGAUGAGUUGAAUAAUCAACAUUUAUUCAAAAUAAUGGUGUCAAUAUCAUAUUUAUUUUCAAUAUACUCCCUCCGUUUUCUAAUAUUCUUCCCAUUUAGAAUCUUCUAUUUUAGAGAGAGAAAUUUGAUUAAAUUUUUUAAGACAUAUGUAGAUGAUAAAAUACAUCCAUGUGAGAUCUCAUUAGAUUCGUCUGUAUAAGUACUUUUUUAUCAUAUAUUUUCUAUAAUUUUUUAUAAUGCAUAUUUAGAGAUAUUGAGGCUCGAAAGUUGCUUUGGAAACUGUGCAAAAAGUAAAUGGGAAGAACAAAAAAGAACAGAGGGAGUAUUUGUUUAAAUCAACUCAAAUACAUGCCUUUCUGAGUAUUUGUGGUUAGCCAUGUUUUUACAAAAGGGUUCUUUAUAGAUGUUGUGUCGCGUUUAUCUUCUUGUUACUUGAAAUCAUUGGUACAGUGUGAGAUAAUGAAUUGACUUCAUGUAUAUUCGAACGGACGAAACUUUUUCUAGACAUCCGAAAAUUGUAUGCGUAUUUAUUAGGAACAGAAGGAGAAGGCUUGAGGGCCUGAGGCUAUAUAGUUCUGUAAUCAGGGUUCUAUUGCAGCCAAUAAAAAGAUAUGGUUUUCCAGUUGAUGGAAUUUGAAAGGUA